UUGAUCACAAUAAUCUCAGUCUCACACUGGGCAGGCGAAGCGCCGGUCCCACGUCACAAGCCCGCGACCGGUCGAGGUCCAAGAUAAUAAUAUUAAUAAUAUCACAUUCACCAGACCAGUUUUUGAACGUGUCAUUAUCACUACUGUUUGUUUUCGCCAAAAUAUGCAGAGGUUAAGUUUGUUGUGUGUGUUGGUGUCGUGUGUCGGUGUCGUGGUGGUGGCGUUGACCACUUCGUCUCCUGAUGAUGAGCUGGACCUCUCCCCGAGUGCUAAUGUGUCCAACACUUGCGUGACGGACUUGGGGCGCGCGGGGCUGUGCGUCAAGUACUCGCAGUGCAGAGACAACGGCACCAUCGACAAGUACGGGACCAUCGACGAGAACGAAAUCAGGGCAGGUAAUUGCCCAGGCCGGUAUGACUGGUGCUGUGAAGAAGAGGGGGGGACUGAGACCACAUUUCCACAGGCCGUAUGCCAAGACGCGCCUGGAGAGAACGGAGUGUGCCCAUGGUGUGUCACGUUACACAAAGACGGUGGGUCCCCCGGGUCGCGGGGGCGCGGGGGCCGCUACUGCGCGGGGGUCGUCGUGGGGGACGGGGGCGCCAUGCUCACCGCCGCCUCCUGCCUCCGAGCCACCCUGAAGCAGCAGCUGUGGGUGUCUCAUGAGGGGAGGAAUUACACCGUGCAUACCGCUAACACGCAUAAGCUGUAUAAUUCUGGGUCCCGCGAGCACGACCUAGCCGUGGUGGUGUUCAAGGAGCGGCUGCCGAACCGUACGGGAGCGUGUCUCAGCUUCACGCCGCCGGCCGGCGCCUGCCGAGCCGUCAGCUUCGGCAAGGAUGGGUCCUGGGCUGCGAGUGACAUCACAGUGUCCCCAGGCCUGUGCGGCGCGCGCGGCGGGGCGGCGGGGGCGGCGUGCGGCAGGACCACCGACCCCCAGUGUGCGGUGGCUAUGGGGUCUCCGCUGCUGUGUCGGGGUCAGGAGAACGCAGGCUGGUCAGUGUGGGGCGUCUCCCGCGGCGGCGGCUGCCGGGUCGGGGCAGACACCGGCGCCAUGUACUCCACCCUGGCUGCCGACGAGGAGUGGCUCAAGAACCUCCUACCCAGCCUCGUCAACGCUAACAACCUACCAACCCCCACCAUACACACCAAUGUAGGCGAGACACCGACGCCGAAGAAUGGAAGCGAUUUCGGCGUCAUAGGAGAUGAUGACAUAAGGAAGACUCCUAGCUGAGUAGUGGUUGAGGGAUUGUUGUUUUGUAAAUGGUCAUAGUUUACCUGGAUGGUAUUGGUGUUCUUGAGAGGUGAUGAAAUUAAUAUUUGAAUAAAUUAUUUGGUUAGGAAUACACCAAGAUGUUUGUGAUUAGCGUAGGUAAAUGUGCUUGAAAGAAAGUUAGUGGUGACAGGAAUACUCAAUACUUUUAGCGAAUCCAACAGAUUCAUGUAAACUGUGAUAUUUUUGUCAUAGAUGUAAGUAAUAGGUAAAUAAAUUUCAAUAAUAAACAAAGUUAACUAACUUUC